AUGACUAUGCUACCAUACUCCAACGCUAAUAAUGAUUUUUCUUCCGGUGGAUUUUUCGUGUCACAUCAACCACGGCAGUGGCAGAGACAUGUUCAUGUUUCAAACACAUUAAGUUCUCUUACCCUUAUUACUCUAUUGGAGAAGCAAGAGCACGAGACAAACCAGUUUCUCAGAAUUCAGAAUAAUAAAUUAAAAUUCAUGUUACAGUAUCAAAGGGAGUUACAAGAGGGUGCAAUUAGACAGAUGGAAAUUUAUUCACAACAGAUUCUGAAAAGAAUAGACGAAGAAAUUGCCAAAGGUGCAAAGAAAAAACAAGAGUUGGAAAAUAUCUUAAGGAGCUUAGAGAAUGAGAAAAUGAAAUUGAAGAGAGUGGCUGAAGAAAAAGAAGCAAUGGCAAUAGAUCUCCAUAACAAGUUGGAAGAGGGGAAGAAGAGAGUAAGGAUGUUGGUAGCAAAUAAUGAUGCGGAAUCAUGUUGUGGUGAAAAUGAAGAAGCAAGAGCUGAAAAACGUGUGAGACAAGGAAGUAACAAUAGCAUGUGUUGUCCUAUGUGUAACACAAACUCUCCUGGUGUCUUAUUUUUGCCAUGUAGGCAUAUAUCUUCAUGCAAAGCGUGUGAAGCUUCACUCCAAGCUUGUCUCAUAUGUGGAGUAGCAAAGAAAGGUGUUAUUGAAAUUCAAAAUUUUGUUUGA